AUGGAAUUGGGCAUCACCAACUUACAGCAAUACAUCUAAUCCAAAAAGCAAUCGGAUCCGGAGUUCAGAUUUCAAGAGUACGAGGUGGCGGAUUUCUUCGUGACAAUGAUCCGAGCACAUUCGCAUCUCUAGGAAAUUAAAAUAGCCCAUAGAGAUAUCAAGCCGGAGAACAUUAUACUCAUCAACGACGAGAAUCUGCUGUUUAAGGUUUGCGAUGUAAGACCCUCUCUUUCUACGUAGGUUGGUUUCGGCACUGAAAUCAUAGAUGAGGAGACGAGAUCCAGAACCAUCGGUGGCACAGUCACCUACCAAUCCCCAGAGGUCUUCAGAGCCUUCAAGAAGAGGAAGCCUCAGGCCAAAUACAACCCAUACAAAAGUGACGUUUUCUCUCUUGGAUUGGUCUUCCUGUUGUUUGCUACCUCUCAGAACAUUACAAAACAUCAAAAAGAAGAACUGUUUGACGAUGACACAAAACUGUAUACUUACUUGAAAGAACAGCGUAAGAAAGUCAAAGAACUCUAUCCUCGAAUCAAAGGAGUUUCCAAAAUUUUGAAGUUGAUGUUGGAUAUCUCUCCUGAUCAACGAUUCGACUUCUCGCAACUAAGUCAAAUUAUCGAGGAGAGAUCCUAUUUGGAAGUGAAAUCUGUAACCGAUAAUCAUUUAAAAUAGCCUGCCAAAAUAAACCACAAACAUCUGCAAUCCAUCACUAAUUUGGAGGAUUUUCAAUUGGAUAUUAAGAACAAGGAGGAUGUGCAAUUGGAUCUCAAUGGGAUGCAAAACAAGUCGCAAGAUGAAUUGCUUAAAUUCUUGGAGACCAUUGCUUAGCAAGUCAAAAAUUUUUAAAUGAUUACAUUACAAAUAAAAUUGGAGAUGAGUUGUUUAAAUGUGAGAACUAUUGCUCCCAUCGAAAAGAUACUGAGCAGAGCUCAAAAAUUGAAGGAGUUAAAAUUACAAUUGUGGAACAAUAAAUUGGGGAAUUUGGGAUUGUUGUUCCUAACCAAGGCAAUAAUGAGAAUGAGCGAUUUGAAACGAUUGACUUUGGAAAUAUCGAACAAUCAGCUGUCAGAUGAAGGGAUCAAUAAUGCCUUACCACUUUUGGAAGGACUGGUGCAGAUGGAGGAAUUGAGAUUGGAUUUCGGAUUAAACCAUUUACCAAUGGAGUGUUGCGAGGCCUUUUUUACGGUUCUUAGUGCCAUGCCCAAACUAAAGAAGGUUGAUUUAAAUCUCGAAAGCAAUUACAUGAAUUAAGUGCUUUCUAAAUUGUUGAAUCAGUCUUUGAAAAGAUUACCACUCCUGACUCAUUUGGCCAUCAAUUUUUCGAACAAUCCAAUGCACAAUGAGGGCUUUUAUGAUCUUGGAGAAAGCAUAUCGGAAUUGGAGAAUUGUGAGUUGGUUCUUUGGGGUUCGUAAAUCAAGGAUUUGGGAGUUGAGGAAUUCGCUAAGGGCUUGUCAAAAUGCGAUAAGUUGAAACACUUGAAUUUGACUCUGUGGAGCAAUCAAAUUACAAAGAAGGGAUGCGAAUCGCUUGGAUCUGUGUUGCCGAAAUUGCAGAAGUUGAGUACUUUAGCAAUUGAUUUGUCCAAAAAUCGAAUAGAGGAUGACGGAGUAAGGUUUUUGGCUAAGGCUUUUCACGAGAUGCCGUAAAUGUUGAGAGAAUUGAAGUUCUGGAUUGAGAAUGUAUCUUGCACUUCUUUCGGAUUGAGAUAUGUUAAUCGUUUUUUGACAACUCAAAAGAAACUCAAGAAUAUCAAUUUGAAUUUCAGGUCGAAUCAAAUUGGGUUGGAUGGGAUGGAAUUGCUCUACAACGGUUUCGGUUAGGCCACCCAGUUAGAGAUCGUGAACUUGAUUCUUGAUCACAAUCCUUUAGGAGAUGAAGGAGUCCAAACUUUGUUUAAGGGUUUGUGCAAAUUGAAGGAGUUACAGAGAUUGUUCCUGAGUCUUGAAAGCGUCCAAGGCUCUGGGAAUUCGGUGACUGUGAUGUUGUCCUCAAUCAGGUCUUGGCCUGACUUAAAGGAGCUGCAUGUCAAUUUCUUAAAAAACGAUACGGAUGGGGCUGACGAUAUCAACUUGAGAAACCGAUUGUCAGAAAUCUAAUCCACUGCUAAAAUUAAUAUUGAAUUAAAAACUAUAAAUUAAUAAAUAAAGUGA